UGGCUCGUGCAGUAGGCUACGUAUUAUGACUGGCUGCCCCCCCCCCCUUCCUGGUAGGUUUCAACACCUGUGCAGAAGAGAAUUCGUCGGAUGCACUUACUGAAACGAAAACGUGUAAUGGUGCUUUUGGAUAUAACGUACCUACCCUGACAGUUGAAGCGUUGUAUUUGGCUAGUUUGCGUAUGAUGAGAUUACAGGCAAAUAGAUACACUGAAGUCAGAUCCGACUGAGCACGAGACGAAAAAGAAACCAAGUGCGUAGUUGCAAAUACAAAGUUAUAACGCUGAAAGAAAAGUCACCUAGGAGGAAUCGAUUAAUUCUCUCACAAAGAAGGAAUACAAUAUCUGAAGUACAGUCAGUGAAAAUACGGAUGGACUGCGUAUAAACUUCAAAUUUCGCGCAAUUAAAACCGGUUUCCGAAAUAGGAUACUAUUCAAUUCACAUCUGAAGACAGCAAAGCAAGCGGUGAAUUGUUGAAGGUAGUAGAUUAGGUAUAACUUCAAACCACAGGAUAUUUGUAGGUAUUUGGAUAUCCUUUAAACGCUCAGUUGCAAAUGAAAUUGAGAUAGCACAUCACUGGAAACCGAACAAAGCGAAUACAUCAGCAUGUUACUAUGAACGACAUCAUCAGUGGGACUCCGUUUAACACAACAUUACCACAGCAUAAGUUUCAUAUCCCGGAGCGCGAUGACUUGUACGCAACGUCUAGCGCUGCAGUCAAAAGUAACAGGCAUUUAGUGUGUGGAUCUGUACAUCCACUGCACACCCAGCUGCUGCAAAGAAGCGCCUGCCAGUGAUCUAGGUAAUCGCAGCGAGAGCGGAAAUAUAGUUUCCCACAGGUCGAUUUCAAUGUUUGUUUUGAAACAGUAAAAAAAACUUAAGCUAACGAGUGGGGGAAGCCACAAGGACCCAUUUAAACCUGUCGCACCCUUCGCAUGACUUGCGGGAAAGCGUGUAAUGCCAGGCUAAAGAGGAAAACGUAUUGCACGGCGCCUUACAAAGUACCUGGGCACGAUCCAUCCAAAAUGAUUGGGCAUAUAAAAGAACAUACCCGAAGUAACGUUGAUAAUAAAAACAUCACCAAAGAGAUUACAAGCAGCAGAUCAUCAGGCAACAACGGGAAUGGAAGGAGAAAGUUUGCAUUGAGUGCAUGGAUUGUGUGGGCGUUCUUGUUUUUUAAUACCCACGUGUUGAAAGCUCUGGCCCAAGGUGAUGUGGCCCCGUAUUUCAAAACCGAGCCAGGGCCCCCAGAAAUCCACCUGGAGGGGAAUCGCUUGGUCAUGACCUGUCUGGCUGAGGGGAGUUGGCCCCUGGAGUUCAAAUGGAUGCUCAACAACACAGACAUCACAUCCUUCUCUCCCGAAUACAAGUACACCAUUCAGUCUCUGUACCGCUCGAAUGUUGGAUUUUACCAGUGCGUGGUGAGGAACAGGAUGGGCACUCUCAUUCAGAGGAAAGCGGAAAUACAGGUGGCUUACAUGGGAAACUUCGUGGAGUCGGAGCAGAGGAAGACGGUGACGCAGGGCAAAGCGGCCGUGCUCAGCUCGCCGGCGGUCAGCUGCUUCCCCCAGCCGCAGGUCACGUGGUUCCGAGACGGCUACAAGAUCAUCCCCAGCGGCAGAGUAGCCAUAACACUGGACAACCAGCUGGUGGUGAUGUCGACAGCCGCGGCCGACGCAGGGAGGUACUACGUUCAAGCGGUCAACGAAAAGAACGGGGAAAACAAGACGAGCCCGUCCAUCUUCCUGAACGUAGCGGAUUCAGACAGUCCCGCGGACCCCGUGGCACCAGCGAUUGUGAUUCCUCCCAGGAACACGACGGUAGUGGCGGGGGUCAACGAGGCCACGCUGGAGUGUGUGGCUAAUGCAAGGCCGGUGGAGAAACUCCGACUGUCGUGGAAGCGAAACGGCGUGGAGCUGACAAGCGGCGUGGGCAUGUUCGGGAGGAGGCUGACCAUCGUCAACCCCACCUCCGCCAGCGUGGGUCCGUACGUGUGCGAGGCGUCGCUGUCGGACGGCAGCGCGAAGACCGCGGAGGCCAAAGCCUUCCUCUUCCUCACAGAGUCCCCUUACUUCACUGCCGAGCCCAAGAGGAAAACCAUGGGAGAGGUGGAGAAAACCGUGGACAUCCAGUGUCAAGCGAGAGGAGUCCCCACGCCCCGACUGGAAUGGUACAAGGACUCGGUGCCGCUUCAGAGGUUGAACAACCCCCGCUACAGGGUGAUGUCCAGCGUCGGCCUGCAGAUCCGGAGGGUGCAGCCCAACGACGCCGGAAUCUUCCAGUGCUUCGCUAGGAACUCGGCCGGAGAGAUACAAGCGCACACCUACCUGGAUGUCACCAGCAUGGCCCCCGUCUUCACCUGGGCCCCCUCCGACAUCACGGUGACCGACGGCGCCGUGGCGACCUUCACCUGCGAGGUCUCGGGCGCGCCCAAACCCGCCGUCACCUGGAAGAGAGGCACUCAGAUUCUGGCCAGCGGCUCUGUCCAGAUCCCGCGCUUCACCCUCUUGGAGUCUGGAGGGCUGCAGGUGGCGCCCGUCUUCCUCCAUGACACUGGCAGCUAUCUAUGCCAGCACCCCAGGUCAAAUUUACUGCCCCCCCACCCCCCUCCCCUUUGUCCUCCAGGCCGCACGUCCAUCUCCCAGCCCCCCACAGACCGCCGCGUCAUAAAAGGGACGAUGGCCGUGCUGGACUGCGGGGCCACCCACGACCCCCGAGUGUCCGUCAGGUAUGUGUGGAAGAAAGACGAGGUCGUGGUCAGCCAGUCCAGCGGGGGGCGCGUGACCUUGAAGGACGGCUCCCUGCAAAUCAGCCAGACCUGGUCGGGCGACAUCGGGGAUUACACCUGCGACGUUCUCUCUCAGGCCGGCAACGACUCCAAAUCGGCGCGCUUGGAGGUCAUUGAACUGCCCCACUCCCCGCGGAACCUGCAGGCCAGCCUGAAUGCCAACUACAGCCGCAUGGUGGACCUGUCCUGGGUGCGGCCCUUCGACGGAAACAGCCCCCUCCUGCACUACAUCGUGGAGCUCUCCGAAAACAACUCCCCGUGGAAGACGUACCUACCCAAAGUGGACCCCGUCCUGACGGGGGCGGUAGUGAGGGGGCUGACCCCAGCCCGCACGUACCAAUUCAGGGUCUGUGCCGUCAACCAGGUGGGGAAGGGGCAGUACAGCGCAGCCACAAACAGGCUGAUGCUGCGGGAGGAGGCGCCCAGCGCCCCGCCAAAGAACAUUGUGGCAAGCGGCCGGACCAACCAGUCCAUCAUGGUGCAGUGGCAGCCUCCCCCCGAGGCCGAGCUCAAUGGGGUGCUGCGGGGUUACGUCCUCAGGUACCGCCUGGCGGGACUCCCUGGCGAGUACCAGCUGAAGAACAUCAGCAGCCCGGAGGUAAACUACUGCCUGAUCGGGGACCUCAUCAUCUGGACGCAGUACGAGAUCCAGGUGGCGGCCUACACGGGGGCGGGCCUGGGCGUGUUCAGCGCGCCCCUGUCGGAGUACACUCUGCAGGGAGUGCCAACAGCACCCCCGCAGAACGUGGAGGCCAAGGCUCUCAACUCGACCACCGUCAAGUUCACAUGGAACCCACCUCCGCAGCAGUUCAUCAACGGCAUCAAUCAGGGCUACAAGCUCCUGGCGUGGCCGGAACGGUCACCCGAAGCUGUUACCGUGGUGACCAUCACCCCAGAUUUCCACGGCGCUCGUCACCUUGGUUACAUCAGUGGCCUCAGGAAAUUCACGUGGUACCUGACGUCGGUGCUGUGCUUCACCACGCCGGGAGAUGGGCCCAGCAGCCCUCCACAGAUGGUCCAGACCCACGAGGACAAACCGGGCCCGGUGGGUCACCUGAGCUUCACGGAGAUCUUGGACACCUCUCUGCGGGUCGGCUGGCUGGAGCCUGUGGAUAAGAACGGCGUGAUCACAGGCUACCUGGUUUCUUGGGAGGUUCCGGGAAAGAACUCCUCCCGGGUGUCACGCACGCUGGCCAACACCACCCUGGAGUACAAGGUGACCGGGCUCACCUCCCUCACAACCUACACCCUGGAAGUGGCGGCCAUGACAGAGGCCGGGACGGGCGCCGUCACAUCCUCCACCAUCUCCUCAGGGGUCCCCCCGGAGCUUCCUGGAGCUCCAUCAAACCUUGUGAUUUCCAAAAUAAGCCCCCGAUCGGCCACGCUCAAGUUCCGUGCUGGGGACGAGGGGAAAACAUCGAUCUCCAAAUGGAUUGUGGAGGGGCAGGUGGGCAGCAUCAGCGAGGAUGAGGAGUGGAGGAUUCUGUAUGAAAAGGAGAAUGAACCAGAUGCUCAGGUGCUGGAAAUCCCCAACCUUACACCCUUCACUCACUACAGGUUCCGGAUGCGUCAAGUGAACAUCGUGGGUUCCAGCCCCACGAGCCAGCCCUCCCGCGUGAUACAGACCCUGCAGGCACCCCCAGACGUGCCCCCCGGUAGCGUGACUGUGCGUACGGCCAGCGAGACCAGUCUAUGGAUGCGAUGGAUGCCAUUACCUGACUCCGAGUACAACGGGAACCCGGAGGGCGUGGGCUACCGGAUCAGGCUGUGGCGGGCGGAGUCGCAGGGCGAGACCCGGGUCCACGUGGUGAGCGACAGGCUGGAGAGGGAGAUCACCCUGGAGGGCCUGGAGGAGUGGACCGAGUACCUGCUGCAGAUCCAGGCCUUCAACUCCAUCGGCCCCGGGCCCUGGAGCGAGACCGUGAGGGGCCGCACGCGGGAGUCGGUGCCGUCUGGGGCCCCUGAGAAUGUGACGGCGGAGGCGGUGAGCUCCACGGGGAUCCUCGUCUCCUGGGGGCCCGUGCCAGAGCAGGAGCAGAACGGGCACAUUCUGGGAUACAAGGUGCUGUACAAGGAGAAGGAUUCAGACUCGGAGCCCCAGGUGCACCUGGUGAAAGGGAACCUGACGCAGUCUGUGCUUCUGCGAAACCUGCGCCGGUACGUCCUGUACCAGAUCCAGGUGCUCGCCUUCACCCGCAUCGGUGACGGGGAGCCCAGCAGCCCGCCGGUGCUGGAGAGGACUCAGGACGACGUCCCCGGCCCGCCCGUGAGGCUGGUGUUCCCGGACGUGGGCCUGACGGAGGUGAGGGUGGUGUGGCAGCCCCCGGUGGACCCCAACGGCAUCAUCUUGGGGUACCAGAUAGCCUACUGCCUGAACGCCAGCAGCCCUAAGCAGUUCACCACGGUGGAGGUGGACUCCGACGCCCGCCAGUUCACCGUGACCCGUCUGGCUCCGGAGUCGCCGUACAUAUUCCGCAUCUCCGCCAGAACCCAGCAGGGCUGGGGCCCCCCCGAGCAGGCGGUCGUCAUAACGACGGAAACGCGAGAGCGUCCUCAGCCCCCGAAGGAGCUGAGCGUGUCCCAGGAGGAGGUGCGCUCCCGCCGGCUGCUCCUGCGCUGGGUCCCGGGAGGGGACGGCUCCUCGCCCGUGCGCUACUUCACCCUGCAGACCCGCGAGCUGCCCGACGGAGACUGGCGCACUCACUCCUCCGCCAUCCGGCCCAACAGCACCUCCUGGGAGGUGGAGAGACUGAAGCCCUUCACGUCGUACAAGCUGAGGAUGCUGGCGACCAAUGACAUCGGAGACAGCGUCUACAGCAAUGAGACGGGACCGGUCACUACUUUACAAGACGUUCCCGAUGAACCACCCGUCAUUCUGACCGUGAAGCCGUCCACAACCACUUCAGUCCUGGUCCGGUGGCAGGCACCCAGAGACGACAGCGUGAACGGGGUUCUGCUGGGAUACCGGCUGUUCUACCGCGAGCUCCAGUACGACAGCGCCCCACCGGAGUCGAGGACAGCCGCCAACACCUCCUCCGCACGAGCCCACGUGACGGCGAAAAGCUCUUUCAAGACGGUGAGCGGGGCUUCAUCAACAGAAUUCGAGCUAACACAGCUUAGCAAGUACAGGCGCUACGAAAUCGUGAUAACGGCCUACAACAUCAUCGGCGAGAGCCCGCCCAGCACGCCGGUGGAGGUGUUCGUCGGCGAAGCGGCUCCGUCGGUGGCCCCUCAGAGCAUCCAGGUGAACACGCUGUCGGCCACGCAGCUGGAGGUGCUGUGGGAGGCUCCGCCCGUGGAAACUCAGAACGGCAACAUCCAGGGCUACAAGAUCCAUUACUGGGAGCAGGGCAGUCAGAACGAAACGGAAAAGGUGAAAGUUCUGUUCCUCCCCGAGACGGCCGUGAGGCUGAAGAACCUCACUAGCUACACCACCUACCUGGUGAAGCUGUCGGCCUUCAACGCCGCCGGCGACGGGCCCCUCAGCGAGCCCCGGAUGGGCCGCACCCUUCAGGCAGCUCCCAGCAUUCCUAGCUUCAUCACCUUCUCGGAGGUCUCCAGCACCACGCUCAAUGUGUCCUGGGGCGUGCCUCUAGCCCCCAAUGGUGUGCUGGAGGGGUACAGAGUGGUGUACGAGCCAACCGCUCCAAUCCACGGUGUAACCAAGGUGGUGACCGUGGAUGUCAGGGGCAACCGACAGCGCUGGCUGAAGGUGCGAGACUUGACCCAGGGCGUGACAUACUGCUUCCGCGUGCAGGCCAAGACCAUCAGCUUCGGCCCCGAGCUGGAGGCCAACAUUACCGCGGGACCAGUGGAAGGGUCUCCUGGUUCCCCAAAACAGAUGUCAAUCACAAAGUCUUCCUCUGGUGUCACCAUUCAUUGGUCGGCAGGAGAUACAGGGGCAGAGCCUGUCACAGGUUAUGUGAUUGAGGCACGCCCUUCAGAUGAGGGAUUGUGGGAUGCCUUUGUGAAGCACUUGCCUCCCAGCAGCACGUCCCAUUCCAUCAGUCUGGACCGCCUCAGGCAGGGGGUGAGCUACCAGUUCCGGGUGCUCGCCGUGAACUCGCAUGGCUACGGCGAGCCUAGUGCGCCCUCUGCUGCCAUGUCGGCCCAGGUGGAGGCGCCGUUCUACGAGGAGUGGUGGUUCCUGGUCGUCGUGGCACUGUGCGGCGUGAUCCUCGUCCUGCUGGUGGUCUUUGGGUUGGUUCUGCAUGGCCAGAACAAGAAGUACAAGAGCUACACCACAGGGAAAGCCGUUUCCACAGUAGAAGAGUCCGUCACCCUUGACAACGGAGGCUUUACAGCACUAGAGCUCAACAGUAGGCUGAAUGUCAAAAGCUCUUUCCUGAAGAAGAAUGGGACCAGGUCCCCGCCCCGGCCGAGCCCCGGAGGACUGCGCUACUCUGACGAGGAUAUCUGCAACAACUACAACGGCGCGGCGCUGACCGACAGCGGGUCGCUGACGGAGAAGCCGGCCGCCGUCACCGAACUGGAGGACACGGACAGCGAAGGCGAGGACGAGCGGCCCAAGCACUCGUUUGUAAACCACUACAUGACUGACCCCGCCUACUACGGCUCGUGGAAACGGCAGCACAAGGGUCUGAAGCAGACCCUGGCCUACGCCUAUGAGGAGUGCGCCGGGGCGGAGCCUGACGCCUACUAUCAGACUGUGGUCACCACCCACAGCGUGGGCGGGGCUUACACCCCAACCGGACAGCCCGACCCUGGCUCCCGGACUCCCGCCACAGGCUUUUCCUCUUUUGUGUGACCCGGGUAACCACCCCCCCCCCCCCACCCCACCCCCCGGCCCCACAAAGAAUAAACCGGGUUGCCCUAACCCGACAAUAUUGCCACAGGAAGAUGACAAGGAGCUUGAAACACUGUCACUCAAUAAUGACCUUGGAUAUUUAAAAAAAGAAAAGUUGAUUCCUUGUUAAAAAAUUGUCCUUUCUUAUGUACAGUUAUGCUGUCAUGCCAUUCAUCAAUAAUGCCAAUUUUUUGUCAGAAGGAAAAUUGUAAAUAUAGAUGUAUGUCUGCGACAGCAACUUAAAAGAAGAUAGUUGACUGUAAAAAUCCUUUCCAGAAAUGGAGAUUAAUUCUAGGCAGCACUUCUGCCUUCAGAUUAUAUGGCUGUAUUUUUCAAAGUGUGCUGCCUUGACUUCGGAGACUGGUGUUGGUUUCACGGCUUUUGCAGGGUAUCCAGGUGCAGCCUGGUCCUCAUUUUCAAGACGCUGAUGGACAGAACAUUCAACUCAUGUGGAAUGUGUUCUUUUGCCUUUAAAGGAGAAUAGUGUAUUCAUUGUCAACAUCAACAUUAAAAGAGGAAGAAAAGAUGAUGCAAGUCUCUGAGUCACUUCUGACUGCAUUAGUCACAAGACUCGCAACUCAAAACAAAGGUCAACGAAAGUGCUCAAGUAUUUAGAAGCUACAGUGACUACAAAAUUUAAGAGACUAAAAAAAAAACAUUGAUUGAUUGAUCGUGGUGAUGGAUUCAGACAGGAAUCAAAUUUGACAUCAAGCCACUUUUGUUUACAUUUUCAUAUUGUGCCCACUACUGCUGUACCAUGUUAGUCUGAACUGCCUCAGGUUACAAGAUUAUGCUCAGUUAACCUGCAAUCUCACGAUCAACCCUAAGACCACAUUUAUGAAAUGGUAUUGUGAUACUUUGGUCUGAUCUGCUUUCACAUGUUACCAGACUUGCGUUCAAGGUGGCGAGCGUUAGCUAAAAUUCGCAAACAUAUUCAAAUACAUUUAAUAUUUUUCCUGUUUGCCACGAAUGUUAGCUAACGUUACCUAACGCGCAGCGAACAAAAAAGACUGCUGACAGGAAAGACAACGAGAUAACAAAGGUUACCCGUUUCAUCCUGAAAUGUGAGCGAAAAGUAAAAUCAGCAUAUCGAGGGAUGACUUCCUCAGCAUAUAGCUCAGUUCUUCAGACCGCUUCAUUGGUUGCGCUGAACGACAAUAGAGAGUGUACUCAUAUAAUAUCUGUCAUGUCAGGACCAUCAUGUAAUAUUGCAGAAGCCAGUGCGAAAUGAACCUCCGUUUAGUCGCAUUCAUUUGAUAUUAAAAAUGCGUUGGUGGAAACUAAAUGGAAUGUUCAUUUAAGAUCGUUCAACAUUAACUGUUCGCCGCAAACUUAGUUCGGCACAAACGUUCAUCAUCUUGAACGCACGUCUGGUGAGACAUCCCUACCUGUCUGUUUGCUCAUUUUUAUUUGAUUCUUUUUUUCUGAUGUAUGAACUGUUUGUUUAUACUACAUUUGCACACAUUGGGCCUCAUUCACAGAACUUUUCUAAAAUUAUUUUUACUUUUGUUCUUAAAAAUGUUCCUUAGGAAAACCAAUAUGGGAUUCCUGAUACAGUACAUGUGCAGACCUUUGUUUUUGUGCAUAUCAUAGGUGUAUGAGAUGAUGAUUGCCGACUGUUAGUAACUUUUAUUUGAGAUCCUGUUCAUGUGAUGUGUAUAAGGAAACAGCCAUGAACAUAGAUAAGGGGAAAAAAUGAUAAAUGCGCGAAAUGUUCAUGGAAACGUUCCUACACACCGUUUACGAUCAAAUGCGAUCGUACGCAUAUUUACUGAAGGAGGCCCAUUGUCUGCACCCAGGAGCCACAAGGUUACUGUAGAGUUUAUUUUUAAAUCAUUGCAUUUUUUGUUACCAGAGGAGUGACUGGUGAAUUAUCAUUAUUUUUUUGUUCUGAUUUUUUUUUUUUUUUAAAUGUUAAGAAAACGUUCUGUUUUUUAGGAUCAGUUUUGUACAGAUUGCAUUUUUACUGUAGUGUUUUGGUGUAGAUCUAUGGAGAAUCCAGCAGACCAUUUUUGCAGUCUUUGUGCGUUUAUGAUAAUUACAUCAGACAACUAAAUAGAUAAUAUAAUUUAAAAUAAUCUGAAACGAGCUUACAGGUUAUGAAGGUCUUCUCUGUCUAUGUCUGUAAUUAAAAAACAAAAAGGUUUUCACAAAGCAAAACAUUUUUUCAGUCAAACUAAAGGUUUAUUCAUCAACCUCUCUGACUAUGUUACCUUAUUCUAUGCAUUUUCCUGACUUGGGUUUUUACUUUUGCAUUUUCCAGGAUGUUACAACAUAAGCAAAUUUAGUAUUUUAUGUUCAUGAAAGGAUUAAAAGUACUCCUGCAUUCCAAGA